AUGAGGCAAUUCUUUAGGAUCUCCAUUUUCAUUUCCCUUUUAAAUUUAUAUAUGGAGAAAAAUGGGACUGUAUGCGGUGAAAUUCAGAAUGUGACCAAAACCAACUUGAGGAAUGGAACACCAGAGGAAGGAUCUCCCUCUGAAUGUGAUCUUCCAACAAGCGCGCAAGAAGAGAAAGGCGGGGAAAACAUCAAAGACGUAAUCAAGCAGACAUCGGAAGAGACUACAAAAUUUACGGAUGAAGCAAAGGAGGCAAAAAAUAAAGCGGCGCACGAAUUUUUGAAGACAAUGAAUCAGGACAUCGUGGAGCUUGUCGAAAUAUCAUCACAGGAUGGUGAUAUUGUUCAUGAUAAGAAUGAAGAAGUAAAAGAGGAGGUGCAGACAUUAGAAGUGGAAGAUGAUGUUGAUGAAGAAGAAGAGGACGAGGAGGAUGAGGACGACGACGAUGAUGGAGACGGCGAUCAUGACGAUGAUGAGCACGAUAACGAUGAAGACCACCAUGAUGAACACGAUGAUGAUUAA